CAGCCGGGGCUCUGAGCUGGUGGUCCAUGACCAGCUUCAGGAUGGGGAGAAGCCCUACAAGUGCUUGGCAUGUGGGAAGAGCUUCAGCCAGAGCUCAUUCCUGAUUCGCCACCAGAUGAUCCACACUGGGGAAUGGGCCUGCGAGUGUAGGGAAUGUGGGAAGGGCUUCAGCUGCAACUCCGAACUUGUCCGUCACCAGCGCAUCCACAGUGGGGAGAGGCCCUACGAGUGUCCUGAGUGUGGCAAGAGGUUUCGGAGGAGCUCCACUCUCCUCAUGCACCAGUGGAUUCACACAGAUGAGAGGCCCUUCUGCUGCCCUGAGUGUGGGGAGGGCUUCAAGCGCAACUUCACCCUUGUCAGGCACCGGCGCAUCCACACUGGGGAGAGGCCCUAUGAGUGUCCCCAAUGUGGGAAGAGCUUCACCCAGAGCUCCAGCCUCAUCCGCCACCAGAGGACUCACACUGGGGAACGUCCCUAUGAGUGUGGGGAAUGUGGGAUGACCUUCAGCUGGAGGUCCCAACUCAUCAUCCACCAGAUGAUCCACACUGGGGAGAGGCCCUAUGAGUGUCCUGAGUGUGGGAAGAGGUUUCAGACCAGCUCCAAUCUCCUCGUGCACCAGCAAAUUCACACAGAGGAGAGGCCCUUCCGCUGCCCUGAUUGCAGGAAGGGCUUCAAGCGAAACUUCCAGCUCAUCACCCACUGGCGCAUCCACACUGGGGAGAGGCCCUAUGAGUGUCCCCAGUGUGGGAAGAGCUUCUUCAGAAGCUCUCACUUGACCAGACACAAACGGGGGCACUGGUAAGGGAAUCCCUGCGAGUGCCCCAAGUGCAAGAAGAGCUUCAUGCCCUGCCCCAGCUCCAUCCCCCAUCAGAGGACCCACGUUGGGCAGAGCCCUAAUGACCCACAUUCCCAGUGAUCUGUGUUGGGAACACACUGUGCUGGUGGUCCUUUUGUUUUGGUUUCAGUUAUCUUUUGAUUCAUCUUCAUCCCUUUAAAACACAGAAAUAGUAGUAAAAAUAAACAAAGUCAUCGAAGGCAUCUAAAACCUCACAUUUUGUGGUGGUGUGUUUUUAAUAAGUUUGAGAUUUGUUGCACAAAUGGUUUGUUCUGUUUUGCCCUUUUGAUGUUGGUUUCUUCCAAGUUGUACCCUUCUCCCUAUGCCAUCAGUCAUUGUACACCAACCCCUUUCUCCAGUGCCUUCCUUGUCAGUCAUUGUGGCCCUACCUCUUUAUCCAGAUCCUUCCUUGUCAAUCUUACUCAGCACCAACCCUUUGUUCUACAAUCCUCCCUGUCAAUCACACUGUAUUUGAUGUUCCAUUGGAUUUUGUUAACUGUUCCUGCCCCCCAAGCUUUCCCAUUGGUUUAUGUAUUGUAAGCUCUGCCUUAAACUCCUCCCCUAAGGCUUCCCUAUUGGUUCAUUGUUUGUAUCCUCCUAUUACUCCUCC